UUAUUAUUAUUAUUAUUAUUAUUAUUAUUAUUAUUAUUAUUAUUAUUAUUAUUUUCUUUAACAAUCAUAUAUACUGGAGUAAACUCAAUUCUUUAUAAAUAUAUCAUUAGAUUAUCAUUGAAAUAUGGAGUCAUCCGUGGAAAACUCUUAUGACGAACAUCAAGUUAAUCAUUCACAUAGAAGGACGACAAUAACAGAAAUAGUUGAAGAGGAAGAGGAAGAAGCAGAACAAAUACCGUCAACAAUUCAGCAACCACAUCAACAAGAAGAAAGGGCAGUUGGAACAUCUUCAGAGUCUUCAACAGAACCACCUCUUUUUAUGGAACGAAAACGACAGCACUUCUCUUAUGAUGCCAAUGAACUUCGACGAAGAACAGCAACCUCGUCAUCAAACGUAAAAUCUAACACCUUGUCGUCUGGUACGACUCCUUUACAACAUGGGUCAUCUAAUGGUGAUGGAUUUUACGAAUGUAAUAUAUGUUUUGAUACCGCUACUCAUCCUGUUUUGACUCUUUGUGGACAUUUAUUUUGUUGGUCUUGUUUGGCACAAUGGUUGAAUGCUCAAUCACGUAAUCCCACUUGUCCUGUGUGUAAAGCUGGGUGUGGAAAAGACAAGGUGAUUCCGAUUUAUGGACGAGGAAGAGAAGAAAAGGAUCCAAGAACUGAUCCAUCCAUACCUACACGACCUGCUGGUCAAAGACCUCCUCCACUACGAGAUCCCAAUCGACCUACGACAUCUUUCUUUGGGCAAAAUGCAAGAGGUGGCACAUACAAUUCCCGUAAUGUGACAUUUACUGGUGGUAUUGGCUUUUUCCCUUUUGGUAUCAGUUUUAAUUUUCCCAUUGGUGGCGCUUCCAAUGAUUUCCAAACUCAAACUCAACAAAAUGCAUUCAUGUCAAGAUUAUUCCUGAUGAUUCUUAGUUUAGUCAUAGUAGCCAUUAUAUUCUCUUAGUCUUAAUCAUACUUACCUUUAUUUUUCCCAAUUUUCAAUCAAAAAGAAAAAAAAAUAAAAGAAAA